CGCUCUCCCUCUCUUUCUCUUGCUUCCUCUCCCUUUGUCACUCUCACUUUCUCAUUAUUAUCAGUACAGCCUAUCUCUCCCACUUUAAUUUCAUCUUUUGUUUUUUUUCUCCUUUUAUGUUGUUUAUCUCAUCCUCCUUUUCUAUAUUUUCUUAUUUUAUUUCCGUCCUUCACAAGAGUCAACUUCUAUUUUUUUCUACUUUUUAAAUACUUUUGGCACCUACAACUUUACCUUACAUGAACGGAGAACAGGCACUAGCAAGGAUCCUACGAACACUUAACAUUUUCUCAUACACAGAGAAAUAGACUAUUGGUACACAGCUAUAUAUUCAUACACCCAUGAUAAGUACUACACAACCUUGUUUUCAAGUUUUGUAUUUGUGACCUUUGUAAGUAUAUAUGUAUAUGUAUAUUUGAGUGAGAGUGUAUGUAUCUGUGUAUGUUAUGUGUGCUUAUACGUAUACGUAUGAAAGAUUGAAUGAGUGGAAGUAUGUUUGUAUAUAUGCAUUUCUGUUCGUGUAAAUGUGUGAAACAUCUUUAGUCGUACACGUAAAGUGAUUUCAGUGCAUCAAUUUACAUAUCAGAAUAACAUUACAGAUACACAGACACACAUAUUAAUCUAUAUACAUACGUACAUACAUACAUACAUACAUACACAUAUAUAAAUACAUACAUAACCAUACACAUAUAUUUGCAUUUUGCAUUACAGAUUAAACUAAGCUAUAUGCAAUUAUAUAUUUAUAAAUAAAUACACAAAGAAAGAGCAAGAUGAACUCGUAAACACUACGUAAAUGUAAAAAACACUGAUAAAGGUAUCGGAACAUCUCCACGGAUAUAUAAGUUCGAAAAUUUUUUACUCGGUUUUAAAUUUGAUGUCAGCUACAGUUACUACAACGAUAAUUACAACGACUUGAAACGAGCACAAAGGCCAGAACAAGGGCACGAACGACGACAACAACGACCUGAAGUAAACUUGAAAACAUCUGAGCUUGAACCAUAAACUCCACCCACGACCUCAACCUAUAGAACUUUUUAAAAGUACAAAGAUAUUCCAAAAUGGAUGCCCGUUCAAUUAGCUUCGAAAGAGCAGAGGUGAUGAGGAGACAACAAUCAACGGAUUUUGACGAUCACAUUGCCGUUGUACCAGAGGAAACAGAAAAUGGAAGAGGUUGUUCAAGUCGUGAAAAAGUGGGUUCCAUAUUGUUGUCACUGAAGAAUCAAGUUGGCUGUUUGUCAAGUGCUUUAAAAGUAUUUCAGGACAACAAAGUCAACGUCACACACAUCGAAUCGCGCAGGUCGCAGAUGGAAGACAGUGAAUAUGACAUUUUCAUCAAUGUAGAGUCCAGUAAACUGGCUAUAGAAGACCUUCUCGAAAAACUUCAGCUCCAAAUUCCUGAUGAUGUAGGAAAUGUGAAGGCAUUUCCCACCUGUCCUGAAGAACCAGAUGGUAUAUAUUUAAUUUGUAAUUCAAAGUUAUCUUCGAGCAAAUUUUUGUUUUAGGAACGCGGUGAGUGCCAUGAGUUGGAACUAAGUUUAUUGUGACCUAGUUUCGAUACUCUAUUGGAAAAGUUUCACUCUACAUACGUCAAUAAUACUCUUUCAAAAUUCAA